GCUGGAGAGGGGUGGACUGUGCGCCGCGGCCGCCGGAACUCGCGUGUGAAACUGGUGGUGUGCGUGCUUGCGUGUGAACAGUGCUGUGUAAGCCCCGGCGAGAUGAUAACGCGCCGAUGAGAGGGGCCGGCGAUGAAUAAUAGAUGAGUGGAGGCGGGCGGACGCUACGAGCCGCCAUGGGCGUCCAGAGGAGCGCCCGCGCCACCCUCUGGCUGCUGCUGCUGCUGGGCGGCGUCGGGGUCGGCGCAGAGUACGUGCGCGAGUUCGAGAUAGCCGAAGGCGUGCCGGUAGGCACGAGUGUGGGCUUUAUCGGCCGGACGAGCGGCGGGCCGCGGCCGCCGGAGCCGCCCUACCUCAUCGUGCCCGUGCCCGGAAGCGCCGUGGACGCCGACCUGAACAUCGACGAGGGCACGGGCCAGGUGCGGACGCGCGUCGUGCUGGACCGAGAGGUGCGCAGCUCGUACUCGCUGGUGGCGAUUCCGCAGAGCGGCGAGAACAUCCGCGUGGUGAUCCGCGUCAAGGACACCAACGACAACGCGCCCACCUUUCCCGUGGAAACGAUGUCCAUCGAGUUCCCCGAGAAUACCCCACGCGACGUCAAGAGGACGCUCUUCCCGGCGCGCGACCUCGACCUGGGCGUGUUCAACACGCAGCGCUACAGCAUCGUGUCCGGCAACGUCGACAACGCAUUUCGGCUGUCGUCGCACCGCGAGCGAGACGGCGUGUUGUAUCUGGACCUGCAGAUCAAUGGCAUCCUGGACCGCGAGACGACAGGGUCCUACAGCCUGGUGAUCGAGGCGUUGGACGGCGGCUCGCCGCCGCUUCAGGGAACCAUGACGGUGAAUAUCACCAUCCAGGACGUCAACGACAACCAACCCAUCUUCAACCAGUCGCGCUACUUCGCCACCAUCCCGGAGAACGCCACCAUUGGCAGCGCGGUGCUGCAGGUGUUCGCCACCGACACGGACGUCAGCGCCAACGGCCGAAUCACCUAUUCCAUCAACCGGCGCCAGAGUGACCGCGAGAGCAUGUUCAAAAUCGACCCGGACACGGGCGUCAUCUCUGUGAACCGGCCACUGGACUUCGAGGUGCGCGAGGUGCACGAGGUGGCGGUGGUGGCGCGCGACAACGGCGCGCAGCCGCUCGAGACCACCGCCUUCGUGACCAUCAACGUGACCGACGUCAACGACAACCUGCCCACCAUCAACCUGAUCUUCCUGAGCGACGACGCGUCGCCCAAGAUCGCCGAGGACGCGCAGCCCGGCGAGUUCGUGGCGCGCAUCUCCGUCAACGACCCCGACACCAAGGAGGAGUACGACAACAUCAACGUCAACGUCACGCUCUCGGGCGGCGACGGCCACUUCGGCCUGACGACGCGUGACAACAUCAUCUACCUGGUGAUCGUGUCGCGCCCGCUGGACCGCGAGCUCAAGCCCAACUACACGCUGACAGUGCGCGCCACGGACCAAGGCACGCCGCCGCUGGUGACCGCCCGCUCCUUCGACCUGGUGGUCACCGACACCAACGACAACGCGCCGCGGUUCGAAAUGGCAGAGUAUCGCACCAGCGUGCUCGAGGUGGCCGACCCGGGCACGGAGGUCAUCCAGAUGACGGCCGUCGACAGCGACGAGGGGCCCAACUCGCAAGUGCUGUACGCCAUCCUCGCCGGCGACGACACGCACUCGGACUGGUUCGAGAUUGACGAAAACACGGGCCUGAUCACGACACGCACGCACGUGGACUGCGAGACGGAGCCGGAGCCGCGCGUGACGGUCGUCGCCACCGACGGCGGGUCGCCGCCGCUCUCGGCCACCGCGUCCGUGCUCGUCACCAUCGUCGACGUCAACGACAACGAGCCCGUGUUCGACCAGAGCUUCUACAACGUGUCUGUGGCCGAGGACCAGAGCGUCGGACACUGCAUCCUCAAGGUGUCGGCCACGGACCCGGACUGCGGGGUCAACGCCCAGGUCAACUACAGCAUCGGCCAUGGCUUCAAGAAGCUGGGGUCGUUCAGCAUCCAGCCGGAAACGGGCGACAUCUGCAUCUUGUCGCCGCUCGACCAUGAAAAUCGGGCCAUCUACGAGUUCCCCGUGGUCGCCAUGGAUCGAGGCGGUCUGAGCACGACAGCUAUGGUCAAGGUGCAGGUGGGCGACGUGAACGACAACCGACCCACCUUCUACCCGCGCCAGUACAAUGUCAGCCUGCGCGAGGACCAGGCGCGCACGGCGCCCGUCGUCGUCGUCGUCGCCACCGACCCCGACUCGGCGCUCAACGGCCGCAUCCGCUACGGCAUCGUGCGCGGCAACGGCGAGGGCCUGUUCAGGAUCGACGCCGAGUCCGGGGAGGUGUUUGUGACGCGCCCGCCGGCAAAGUCACGGACCAUGCACCACCUGAUGGUGGAGGCCACCGACGGCGGCGGCCUGAAGUCGCUGGUGAACGCCGAGGUGGCGCUCAGCGUCAUCGACACGCGCCAGCAGCCGCCCAUCUUCGAGCGCGCCCGCUACCUCUACGCGGUGCGCGAGGACGCGCCGCCGGGCUCGCUGGUCGGCGCCGUGCGCGCCACCUCGCGGCAGAAAGGCGGUGCGGUGCGGUACAGCAUCUACUCGGGCGACCCCGACGGCGCCUUCUCGAUCGACGCGCAGACGGGCGCCAUCACGACGGCGGCGCGGCUGGACCACGAGCAGCACACGUUUGUCCUGCUGAACGUGCAGGCCAUGUCGGGCCAGCCGCCCACCUUCGGCCACAGUCAGGUGAACGUGACCAUCGGCGACGUGAAUGACUUCGCGCCCGAGUUCGACGCGCUCGAGGCGACGCUCUCGCUGCCGGAGAACGCCGAGCUGCGCACGGCCAUCUACGCCGCGCACGCGCGCGACUUCGACUCGGGCGAGAACGGGCGCGUGCGCUACCGGCUGCUGCGCAACCCGGACGGCGUGUUCGCGGUGAGCGCGCGCGACGGCACGCUCUCGCUGGCCAAGCCCGUCGACUACGAGAAGCGGCGCACGUACGAGCUGGUGAUCGCCGCCACGGACAUGGGCUCGCCGCCGCUCUCGGCCAACCUCACGCUGCGCAUCGACGUGCAGGACUUCAACGACAACACGCCGGAGUUCGAGCGCGAUGAGUAUGAGGUGGCCGUGCGCGAGGACCUCGAGGUGAACGCACAGGUGCUGCAGGUGACGGCCACGGACGCCGACACAGGCAACAACGCCCGCCUCACGUACCGGCUGGUCGAAUCCCCCGGCAAGCUGUUCGGCAUCUUCCCCAACAGCGGCUGGGUGUACCUGCGCGGCCAGCUGGACCGCGAGGCGGCCGACGAGUACCGGCUCACCGUGCAGGUCACCGACAACGGUACGCCAGCGCGUAGCGCCCGCUCGCGCGCCCUCGUACGCGUGCUCGACGUCAACGACCACGCGCCCGAGUUCAGCAGCGAGGCGUACGAGUUCGCCGUGUCGGAGAACCUGCGCGCGGGCACGCCGGUCGGCUCGCUGGCGGCCACCGACCGCGACCUGGGCGCCAACGCCUCGCUCCGCUACAGCCUGAACCCCACCAACGGCAGCUUCCAGGUGGACCCGCGCACCGGGGUGAUCAGUACGGCGGUGGAACUGGACAGAGAACUGAUCAAGUUCUACGAGUUCACAGCUGACGUUUCUGACCAGGGCUCGCCGCCAAGACGCUCCUCCACCGUCGUGAAGAUUCGCGUGCUGGACGACAACGACUCGGAGCCGCAGUUCCUGGAGCCGCUGGACGGCGUCAUCAGCGUGCGCGAGGAGCAGCAGGCCGGCUUCGAGGUGGUCCAGGUGCACGCCACCGACGCCGACGACGGAGAGAACGCCACCAUCACCUACAGCUUCAGCAGAGGAGCCGAGGAUGACGCCGCCGGCGCCUUCACGAUCGACCCCAAGAGCGGCACAAUAUCAACGACGCGGGUCCUCGACCAUGAGGAGAAGGCAGUGUACCGGCUGCUGGUGGUGGCUCAGGACGGCGGCGUGAAGCCGAACCAGGCCACUCACCCGCUGACCAUCAAGGUGCUCGACCUCAACGACAACUCGCCCACCUUCACCACGUCCAGCCUAGCCUUCUCCAUGAAGGAGAACGCACCGAUCGGGUUUCAGGUGGGCACCGUGGUGGCGAUCGACCGCGACGCCGGCGAGAACGGCCGCGUCUCCUACACCAUCCUCAGCGGCAACCUCAACGACACGUUCGACAUCAACCGGUCGACGGGCGCGCUGUUCACCACCAGAGAGGUGGACUUCGAGAUGGCCACCGAGUACCUGCUGCAGAUCGAGGCAGUCGACGCCAGCGCCACCAACCCGCAGAACAGCAAGAUCACCGUUAAAAUCGCCGUGGAGGACCUAAACGAUAACGCGCCCACGUUCAGCGAGGACCCGAUCCUGUUCUCGGUGGGCGAGGACACGGCGCCGGGCACGGCUGUCUGGAACUUCUCGGCCACCGACAAGGACAGCGGCCCGGCCGGCACGGUCAGGUACAGCAUCACUCAGCAGUCUCCGGAGCCGGUGUUCGCCAUCGACCAGUACACGGGCUCGCUGACGCUGCGGGACGCCAUCGACUACGAGCAGCACGCCGAGUACACCAUCAUCGUCACGGCCACGGACCAGAGCGAGGACGAGCCGUCGCGCCUCAGCACCUCGGUCACCUCGCAGAUCAUCGUCGAGGACGUCAACGACCACGCGCCGGCGUUCGUGCGCGCCGGCGGCACGCGCAUCACGGUGCGCGAGGACGAGCGCGUCGGCUAUCCGGUGCUGCACGUGAUCGCCGUCGACAAGGACUCGCGCGACAACGGCCGCGUCACGUACCGCGUCACCGGCGGCGACCCGGACUCGGUGUUCAGUCUGCACCUGGAGACUGGCCUGCUCUCGAUCGGCCGACCGCUGGACCGCGAGUCGCGCAAGCAGUACGCGCUCAACAUCACGGCCUCGGACCACGGCCAGCCGCCGCUGACUGCCUCCGUCAUGGUGUCGAUCGCCGUCGAGGACGUCAACGACAACCAGCCCGUCUUCAGCCGGACCAUGUACCGCGCCAACGUCAGCGAACGCUCGCCGAUCGGCGCCUUCGUCACCCGCGUCUCAGCGGCCGACCAGGACGAGGGCACCAACGGCAACCCGACCUACUACAUCCCCAAGGGUAUCGCUGACAACCUGUUCAAGAUUGACCCGCGCUCGGGGGAGAUCACCACGGCCGGCCGGCUGGACCGCGAGACGGUCUCGCACUACAACGUGACCGUGUACACCAGCGACGGCUCGUCGCCGCCUCAGGUGGACGCCACCACCGUCCUGGUGGAGGUGCUCGACGAGAACGACCACUCGCCCGAGUUCAACGGCUCCUGCUAUCCGCUUCGAAUCCCCGAGAACAGCGACCUGGCCGUGGUGCACGCCGUGGUGGCCUCCGAUGCCGACACCGGCAUCAACGGCGAGAUCACCUACAGCAUCACAGACGGCAACGUCGGUAACAAGUUCUCCAUCGACGUGCACACGGGCGCGCUGUCGGUGCGGCCUCUGGACCGCGAGGCGCGCGACGCCUACCAGCUGGAGGUGACGGCACAAGAUCGCGGCUCGCCCGCGCGCCGCGCCACCUGCGCCCUUCACGUGCGCGUCCAGGACCAGAACGACAACGAUCCCAAGUUCCAGCAGCGUCAGUACGAGGCGCACGUGGCGGAGGACGCGCCCCUGGGCACGGACGUGCUGACCGUGCGCGCCGUGGACGACGACCACGGCGUCAACGGCCGCAUCACCUACAGCCUCAACAACGAGACCCAGUGGCGCUUCCGCAUCGACAACGACAGCGGCAAGAUCACCACCGCCGGAACCUUCAACCGGGAGAGCAAGGCGACGUACACGUUCGAGGUGCAGGCGACGGACGGCGGCCGGUACGACGCCCGCUCCACGCGCGCCGUCGUCACCGUCACCAUCGACGACGCCAACGAUCACGCGCCCGUGCUGACGCGCUAUCCGUUCACGGCGCACGUGCCGGCGCACACACCCGCCGGCGCCGCCCUGCUCACCGUCACGGCCGAGGACGAGGACCUGGGCGCGAAUGGACAGGUCACCUACAGCUUCGCCAACCAGCCGGCCGACAGCCCGUUCCGGAUCGACCCCAUCACGGGCGUGGUGAAGGCAGCCGGCUCGCUGGGCGCCGAGUCGGGACGGCUCUUCCACCUGGAGGUGGUGGCCACAGACCGCGGCACACCGGCGCAGUCGGCCGCCGGCCUCGUGGAGAUCUACGUGGGCGAGAAGCGGGACCAGACCACCCUGCGCUUCCAGAACAACACGUACCGCGUCGGCGUCCCCGAGAACGAGCCGACCGGCAGUGACGUCAUCCAGGUAACGGCGGUGCGCAGUGACGGCCGCCGCCAGCGCAUCACCUACAGCUUCGGCUCCGGCAACGAGGACAACACGUUCGAGAUCAACGCCAACAACGGGCUGAUCCGCGUGCGCGACCCGCAGCGGCUGGACUUCGAGGCGGCGCGGCAGCUGCGGCUGGUGGUCGUGGCGCAGGCCGAGGGCACCACUCCACUCUACGGGUACGCGGUCGUGUUCGUGGAGCUGGUGGACCAGAACGACAACAAGCCGCGCUUCACGCAGGACGAGUACAUCAGCGCCGUCUGGGAGGGCAACAGCAAGGGCACCUUCGUCGUCCAGGUGUCUGCCACGGACGCCGACACGGGCGCCAACGCCAACGUCGUCUACAGCAUUGUGGAGGGCAACCUUGACAACGCGUUCGUCAUCGAGGCGCCCUUCUCGGGCAUCGUCAAGACCAACAUCGUGCUGGACCGAGAGAUCCGCGACGCCUACGAGUUGACGAUCGUCGCCACAGACCAGGGCGAGCGGACGCUGGUCGGCUCGUGCUCGCUGCGCAUCAAGGUGGUCGACAUCAACGACAACCGGCCGACGUUCCCACCCCACUCGGUCACGAACGUGAGCGAGGGCGCGCAGGUGGGCGCUGUGGUGACGGCCGUCACAGCCAACGACGUGGACACGCACCCGGCGCUGACGUACAGCUUCGCCGGCGGGGCGGCGCGUCAGGACGCCUUCGCCAUCGACCGCUUCACCGGCCAGAUCACGCUUGUGAAGCCGCUUGACCGCGAGACAAAGCAGCAUUACGUGCUGACGGUGGUCGCCUCGGACACGGCGCAUCAGGCCGAGACGAGCGUGCGCAUCAACGUCAUGGACGAGAACGACCAGCGGCCCGUGUUCACCCAGAGCUCAUACAGCGGUAGUCUGCUGGAGCUCACCGGCGCCGGCAUGGAGGUGCUGCGCGUGACGGCAACGGACGCCGACCUGGGCGAGAACGCCCGCAUCACGUACGCCCUGAUCACGCCUACCGACGACUUUUACGUGGCGCCGGACACGGGCGUGCUGUACACGAACGCGACGGUGCGCUUCGACGCCGGGGAGCCGGUGCGGCAGCUGGUGGUGGCGGCCCGCGACGGCGGCCGACCUUUGCUCGGCGCCGCCGCCGCCGUCCGCCUGCGGCUCGAGGACAUCAACAACCACGCGCCCGAGUUCAGCCGCUCCGUCUACAAGGCCAGCAUCGGCGAGGACGCCGUGCCGGGCGAGGUCGUGCUGAGAGUGUCGGCUGACGACGUGGACGAGUCGCGCCACAACCGAAACAUCGACUUCUCGUUCGCCCGCGGCAACGAGGACGGCGUCUUCCAAAUAGCCAGCAACACGGGCGAGGUGAUCCUGCUGCGGCCGGUGGACCGCGAACGGCGCGCCCAGUACGUGCUGGAGGCCGUGGCCAGCGACCGCGGCACGCCCGCCAGGAACAGCACCGCCCAGCUGGUCAUCGAUAUCACCGACGUCAAUGACCACGAGCCCAAGUUCAACCAGUCGCAAUACGAGGCUAGCGUCAGCGAGCUGCUUCAGGUGGGCUCGUCAGUGCUGCGUGUGCACGCCACGGACCGCGACGCCGGCCAGAACUCGGCCAUCGUGUACGACAUCACGUCCGGCAACGACCACGAGGUGUUCCAGCUGGACCGCGACACGGGCCUGGUCCGGCUGCGCAAGGGGCUCGACUUCGACCGGCUGGCCGAAUACCGGUUCAUCGUGCGCGCCACCGACCGCGACCCCGAGCGGCCGCUCUCGGCGCUCGCCACCGUGCGCGUGCGCGUGCUGGACGAGAACGACAACGCGCCCAGCUUCCCGCAGCCCGUGUACUACGAGUUCGCGACGGAGAACGAGCCGGCCGGCCGGCCCGUGUUCACAGCGCACGCCAACGACGCCGACCGCGGCCGCUACGGCCGGCUCAACUACACGCUGACGGACGGCGGCGGCUGGUUCCGCGUCGACCCGGGCUCAGGCGAAGUCACCACGGCCGCCGUGUUCGACUACGAGGCAAAGGAGGUGUUCGCCUUCGUCAUCAGCGCCACGGACCUCGGCGGGAAGACGGCCACGGCGCAGGUGCGCGUCAACAUCCGCGGCGUCGACGAGUUUGCGCCCGUGUUCGUCGAGUCGACAUACCGGUUCCGCGCGCCGGCCGACGGCCCGCCGGGCUACGUGGUGGGCCGCGUGGCGGCCACUGACCGCGACCGCGGCGCCGAUGGCGUCGUGCUCUUCCACCUGCGCACACCGCACGAGUUCUUCCGCGUGAACAAGACGAGCGGUGAGAUUGUGGUGCGCCGGAGUCUGGGCCAGCGGCGGCGGCGGACGCGGCGGGACCUGGCCAGCGAGCGUCUGGAGGUGGUGGCAUCUAGCGGCCGUCCGGGCAGCUUGAGUGCGCUGACCAGUGUCGAGGUGGUGCUGGACCCUUCGCUGAACGGCACCGGGCUAGCGGCGCCGGCUGGCGGCGGUGGCUUGGCGGACUGGGGUGUUGGCCUCCUGGUGGCCAUCCUGCUCAUCGUGAUGGCAUUCGGCGCCGCGUUCGUGUUCCUGCACAUGCGCAACCGGCGCAUGAGCAAGCCGACGAUGGCCGACCACUUCGACUCGUCGUUCGAUACGGACAUCCGCACGGGGCCGGCGGCCGACCUCAACUACCCGCCGCGCUACAGCGAGAUCCACCCGUACGACACGGCCGACCGGCCGACCGGGCGCAACACGACGUCCGAGCUGUCGGAGCAGUCGCACCGCUCCGCCUCGAGCGGGCGCGGCUCGGCCGAGGACGGCGACGAGGACGAGGAGAUCCGCAUGAUCAACGAGGGCCCGCUGAUGCAGCAGAAGCUGCGCCAGCUGGCCGUGCCCGACUCGCGGCUGCACGACAGCGACAGCGUGUCGGAGGCGAGCGCGCAGAACACGCAGGAGUACCUGGCGCGGCUGGGGAUCGACACGACGCGCGCCGACUCGCACAAGGGCUCGCAGAGCCUGCGCGCCGACAGCAUCCACCUGUUCGACGACGAGGGCGGCGCGGAGGACGGCGCCGUCGACCUGGGCAACCUGAUCUCGACCAAGCUGACGGCGGUGGGCGCCGAGGAGGACGAGGCUAUCAUGGACGGCACGCGCGCCUUCGGCCUGGAUGAGACGCAGCCGUCGAUGACGGGCUCGCUCAGCUCGAUCGUGCACAGCGAGGAGGAGCUGACCGGCAGCUAUAACUGGGACUACCUGCUCAACUGGGGGCCGCAGUACCAGCCGCUGGCGCAUGUGUUCUCCGAGAUCGCGCGGCUCAAGGACGACAGCGCGCCCAGCCCGUACGCGGUGAGCGCGGCCAAGCGGCCGCCGCCGCUGCUGACGAACGUGGCGCCGCGCUCGGUGGCGGCGCCGCUGCCGCCCCGUUCUAGUCUCGGCCUCGUGUCGAUGCCGUCGCUGCCGCGCUCGCCCAUCUCGCAGGAGGCGUUCGCGGCGCAGGCCAUGUCGCCGUCGUUCUCGCCGGCGCUCUCGCCGCUGGCCACGCGCUCGCCGUCCAUGUCGCCGCACGUGCCGCGCGGCCUGGCGUCGGCGGCGGCGGCGGCGCACCACCGCUCCCACCUGCUGGCCGGCGCCUCGUCCAGCUCCGAGAGUGAGAUGCGGAUAUAGCCCUGGUGUCCGCCAUACCCCUCAGGCGCCCUGUGCCACGCUCCACAACAGUAUUCCCUUAUGCAUGCCAUUAUGUGUCGCCGCGCCUUCAUAAUGUGAUAUAGUGUUAUUGAACGGAGGAGUGGGGCGGGGCGACGGCCCCGUGCCUCCUAUGCCAAAUGGAACGAGCCCCGCUGUCAACACACUUGUUUUUGUUGAAUGUCACUAUCAUUUGAGUUUGCGAAAUCAAAACUCGGUGUCGUGUAGAGAGCAUGCUAGCAUUUUGUGUAUGUGAGUGUACAUUUCGCGAGAACUGUUGCGUUGAAGUGUCAAAUACACGAUGUCACCAGCGA